CUUUCGAUUUAGAGCUUCCGCCAAUGUGAGAAUGACCAAUGGAAACAAUCGAAAGGCGUCAUUGACAACGAUCCUUAACAACGUCUGCCACGCGCGAGGAGUUCCGCGCCAGUAAAAAAAAUAUGUCUGUCAAAAGCGAAGGUUAUACCCGGAUUGAUAGCCUGUCCCAGGCGAAGCGGGCGCCUCCGGAGUUUCAUGAGGACAGGCGGUCUGUGUACUGGGUGGACAGACUCCCUCCAACACCACAGAGGAAUGGAAUGACAACAGAAUUUGUGACCUCAUCACGAUUGGAAGCAUUAUCCCAGCCCAGACGAGCUGUUUACUACAAGGGAGAUAGACCUGGUCCAAUAUGGCCUGUCCGUAGAACAGCAAUGAAUGCGGAUUGCUCAGUAAGACUGGAACAGCUUGGUCAGCCUAAAACUCUCGACAACCAGUACUGUUUCGACAGGACUGCAUACAUGAUGGUUUCUAGGGGUGCUCAGAGUGCAGAGCCAUCAACACGUCUCCAACAGCUGUCACAACCGUUGGCACGGAAACAAGUCCAAGAGUACAAAGAAUCUGAGUGGGGACAAACGUUUCCGGUUUCGGAUAAUUCCAAAAAGGCCAUAGCAUCAGUACGGCUGGAACAACUCGCAGAGUCUAAAGCAUAUCACAAAUUUUUCCGUGAUGAGAAACCAGUUCAGUGGAACGUUCCUGAUGGUGCUUUAAAAGCAACUGCGAAUAUUCGCUUACAACAACUCUCACGGCCCCGCAGCAGAACUAUGAUCAAGGACGAUUAUGACCCUUAUAGAGUGAGUGUAGCAGCACGACGGGUCCAUGCCACUCCAAGGAUAGAGGAGCUCUGUGUCCCAAUACCUAGAAAAGUUAGGCCGAAAAACGCUGCAUAAUGUAAUUAAAAAAUCACUUUUUGUCAUAUUAUAAAAAAACUCGAAUCCGUCCAGGUAACUAGCUAGGCAAAGUAAUCUUAAAAUAAUCUGAACAUGGCUUGUUUUCUAAAUUUAGUUUUUUUUGUGUUCUUGAUAUGUUUUUACAAAGUUCUGAAUUCAAAACUUUCAACUGAAACAUUUCAUUAUUAAAGGGCACUUAAAGUUGUUAUUAUUUUAGUAAAUUAUUUUUUUCUAUUGAAGAUUGUUUGUCGUUUUCGUCAUCUAUAUAAGUAUGGAUCAAUUAAUGUACUGCCAGCUAAAAUAGUUAAACAUCAUUGUUGACAAUAGAUUUUAGCUUACUGUGUAUAAUACAUGGUUGAUUGAACGAUAUAUAUAUAUAUACACCACAUUUAUCCUGUAAUUAGUCCAGGAUCUAAAAAUAAACUUUCACUCAAAUGAUGGAUUGGCUUUAUUGACGGAAAAUGAUAUAAAAUUUGUAAGUGUUUUCAAAUAAAAGAUUGACUGCAAUAGACAUGAGUGGGCUUAUUACCAGACAUGGAUUUAUUACCAGGUAUUGGCUUAUUACCAUUAUUACCAGGUAUGGGCUUAUUACAAGACAUGGGCUUAUUACCAGGUAUGGGCUUACUACAAGAUACGGGCUAAUUAUUACCAUUAUUACCAGGUAUGGGCUUAUUACCAGAUCAUGGCUCCAGAUAAGUUGCAAGUGGCACAUUGAUGUCAAUCCUUUAGUCAAAUCACAUUUAUUCCAUGAUUUUAUCAUGAGUGAGGUCAUUCAUUUUCAUUAUGUACAUUUUGUAAUGUAUAAAAAAAUAUAUAAAAUCUGUUCCAAGGGGAGUGAACUCUGUAAGUAAUCCAUGUUUUGUCAUUUUGUUUUAUUGAGUUUAAUCAUUGAGAAAAACUUUUAUAAAUUCUAAAAAAAAUCUUGAAUAUUAGAAAUAAGAAUCACAUUGUGUUACAAGUCAUAUUCAAAACUCGAAAAAGUUUUAUCUAAUUGAAAGUUGUCUUAGAGUCUUCAGGAUUUGAAAUAAGUUACCAAUCCUAGUAUAAAUUAUAACCUACUAGCUAGUGUUUUUUUAUUAUAUAUUUUUCUUUAAAUAACUAAUUGGACUAAGAGGAGAUAACUCUAAAUAUUUACAUACACCAAACAGUAUUGUUGAUGAAGACGAAUGCACAGUAUAAUAUAUUUACAAGUAUUAAAAUUUAUGUUGUAUAUGUAAUAUGCACUGGGUUUGUGGUGAUUGUGUUACUAUAUAUAUACAAAAUUUGAAAAACAUUUUAUCAUUUGCACGUGCAAUAGCUCCUGUAUUAUAUAAUCAUUAUUUAAUUGAGUUGACUAUUUAGUCGGGUUUUUUAUAUAUAUAAAACAUAUAUUAUACUUUCAUUGUUAUAACAUGGAAGUAUAGCUCUAUACCAAUGCAGUAUUAUGGUGAAGAAAUUGUUGUUUUAUUCAUAGUGUGCGGUUUUAAUGUGUCAAUUGUAAAAAAUGGGAAACAAAUUAACAAAUUAGUAUUACUGUAUAUUCAUGAUCAGGUACAAGUACAUGUGCAAAAGUAACACAUUUUUUUUGUACAGUACUGGACAAAGCUCUUUAUUCAAAGCAAUCAAGCGAUUGUAAAUAUUAUCCUGAAAAGUCAGCUGGACAUCAAAUUGAAAUCUUAUUAUAUUUAGCUUUUGACUAGCCCCGAGUUAUCCUGGCCUUAACACCAUGUCUGGUGUCAGAGCCAGAGCAAAUCAAGCUAGCUUUUGACUAAAGUCGGACAUCUAUUUCUGUCAAAUUUUUUCUGGAUUUUGGUUAAAAUUCAAAACCAUAAAAUGUAAAUAAGUUUCAAGAUAUACCAUAAUCUAACAGGUUUGAUCAACAGAAUCGGAAUGAAGAAAAGUUAGUAUAAAUAUAUUCUAUAGAAAGACUGCUGGAUGAUAUAUGGUUUUGUGAAAUAUGAUGGUAUUUGGUAAUUCAUAUCAUAUACUGAUACAUUGUACAAAGAUUACAAUGAAAAUACUGUAUUUACUGUCCAUAAUUGUGUUGUUAAUUAAAAAUAUUUGUCCUUUUAUCAAUUACAGUAUUAAAAUAGUAAUUUACUAUAGGUUUUAUGGAACAAUUGAUGUUGUGAUAUCCGUUAUCCUUCAGUAUUUUUCUGCAAUUCCACAAUUUUUAUUUGCAUGAUGGAUCCUAGCUGUUCACCAAAUACUGUCUUUCUUUAAAACAUUCUGGUUGAUACUGACAUCAAAAUGAUUUCCCAUUUUUGAGCUUCUCUCAACAUAUUUAAGUUUUGUCUUUGAGAUGCGUUUGUAUCCAAGCUUGCCUGUUUUUACCAAGAUGAUCAGAUAUGUUUUGAUUUGAUAUCUUACCUGUAAAUACAUUCAUGAAUUUUUUGCUUAUUUAAAUAUUUUAUUCUCCGUUUUACAUCAAUGUGUUUCUUCAUUGUUUCAUAAGUUAAGGUAAUGACUUUAAAUUUUGUGCAAAAGGUGCAAAAUCAGUACUCAAUUUUCAUCUUUUCAGUUCAAAUGAAUUAACAUUUUGAAUGAUCAUUUGUUUGACCUCUAUUUUAAAUUCUUAAACAAUUGUAUUUAUUUUUUUCAUAAUGGAAGAUGCAUACUUGUAAACUAUCUUCAACAUUUUACUAUCAAUGUCGUAUUUAAAAAAAAUUGUUUUAGAUAUUUUAUCAGUAAUUUGUUUAUUAGAUAAAUAUAGGAGGGGGGGGGGGGACAAAGUAUGUCUUGUACGUUCCCUGGUAUGUACAGUGCCCCAAAGAUUGUCAGCGCUAGAGUGGCUUCAUUCCUUAUGGAAUUUGAUGAAUUUUCACACAAUAAAGGACCGUUAUAUCUCAAAUAAGUUAAAGUUUCAGUGUUUUAGGGUCAAGGUCACUUGUUACUAUUUUGUAGGGUUGGUAGGGGACAUGUAUUGCUUUAUCAAUACCCUGUAUACUUAUUUUUGAUAGGUAUCACAAGAGAUAUGGUCAAAAAGAAAUAAAUGUGUGAUGCUAUACUAUAUAGUAGCUGCUGAAUGUUUUGUGAAUUAGAUGCAAAUAAAUAAAUUCACUUUUAAAAGAUUUCUCCCCUUGUGACUUCAAUGUACAGGCCUAUGCUUUGUCAUUUUCUAUUUCAAGUCUUUCACAUUCUUGUAUUGAUAUCAUUUGAUAUGUGUAUUAUUCAAACUGUGAUAUUUAUAUAAGUAAUAACUCACAGAGGAGUUAUCUCCCCUAGUUGCUCAAAGUUUUCAUCAUGUAUAUUGUAUUAUAUUUUUGUUUUCAUUUUCAUAUUAAGCCUUUUUAUGAUACAGAUUUUAGACAGAUAAUAUGGUCUGAUAAAAUCAAUAAACUAUGGGUGUUACUAA